GGAGAGAAGGGGAUCCUUCCCCGGACCAGAGGUGAGGCUGGGGGCCCGGACCUGGAGGCUCCCAAGUGGGGCUUAGGGCGGAGCCUGGCGAUGAAGGGGUUAAGCCGAGGUUCCGCCCCCUGAAGAAUUAAUUGAUUGCCUUUGGGACCCGACGCUCCCCUGCGGAGAGCGACAGCCCCGGCAACCAAUCAGAGGCGAGACUGCUUCGGGCAGGGCUCCCAUUGGCUCGCUCCACCCAUCCGAGGAGAGGGGCGUCCUUUUAAAAGUGCCCACUAUCUGCCCGGCUCUAGGGAGAGGUUUCAGGAAUCAUGCGCAGUGGGAUACAGGAAUGACGUUCAGAGAGGGACAGGGAGUUGCCGCAGCCACACAGCACGUCCUCAGCCUGACCCCUCCGUCCUGCCCCCUGUCCGCUGUCCAUUCCCACCAUGGCCUUCUGGACGCAGCUGAUGCUGUUGCUUUGGAAGAAUUUCCUUUAUCGCAGGAGACAGCCGAUCCAGCUCUUGGUGGAGUUGCUGUGGCCUCUCUUUCUCUUCUUCAUCCUGGUGGCUGUCCGCCAUUCCCACCCCCCAUUGGAGCAGCACGAAUGCCACUUCCCCAACAAGCCGCUGCCCUCGGCGGGCACCGUGCCUUGGCUCCAGGGCCUCAUCUGCAACAUGAACAAUACUUGCUUCCCGCGGCCCACCCCCGGCGAGGAGCCCGGCGUGCUCAGCAACUUCAACGACUCCCUGGUCUCCCGGCUCCUGGCAGAUGCCCGCACUGUGCUGGGGGGCCCCAGUGCCCACCGGACGCUGGCCGGCCUGGGGAAGCUGAUGCCCACGCUGAGGGCUGCACGCAGAGCAGGUGAGGAGGCCAGGUCUUCCGGGCCUCGACCUGCCUGGCUGAACCUCAGUUUCCCUAUUUGUAAAACGGGGUCUAUGACAGUAGGGACCGCCUGGGGCUUGGCAAAGUACUUGAUCCCUAGAGACCUCAGUCAAGGUCACUGUCACUCUUGUUGUCUUUCUCCCCAGGAAUUCCUGGGGUCUGAGCUAGGCCAAGCCCAGGAGUCUGUGGGCAGCUUCGUGGAGGCAGCAGAGGACCUGGCCCAGGAGCUCCUGGCGCUGCCCAGCCUGGCGGAGCUGCAGAGGCUGCUGCGGAGGCUCCGAGGGACAGAUGGCCCUCUGGAGGUGGUGUCAGAAGCACUCUGCAGUGCCAGGGGGUCUAGCGUCCCUGGGGGAUUCUCCUUCAACUGGUACAAAGCCAGGGACCUGAAGGAGCUGGUGGGGCAGGAGGCGGCACCGGCCCUACCCGAGAACACCCUGAGCCCUGCCUGCACUGAGCUGAUGGGGGCCCUGGACACCCACCCUCUGUCCCGCCUGCUCUGGAGGCGCGUGAAGCCGCUGGUCCUCGGGAAGCUGCUGUUUGCACCUGACACACCAUUCACCCAGCAGCUCAUGGCCCAGGUGAACCGGACCUUCCAGGAGCUGGCUCUGUUGAAGGACGUCCAGGAGGUGUGGGGGCUGCUGGGACCCCAGCUCUUCAGCUUCAUGAACGACAGUGCCAAUGUCGCCAUGCUGCAGAGGCUCCUGGAAAUUCAGGGCACAGGAAAGAGGCAGCCGGGACCCGGAGCCCAGAACCGGACGGAGGCCCUUCGUGCCUUUCUGGACCCCGGUGGGCGCGGCUACAGCUGGCAGGACAUGCACACUGAUGUGGGGCACCUGGUGGGCAUGCUGGGUCAUGUGAUGGAGUGCGUGACGCUGGACAAGCUAGAGGCGCUGCCCUCGGAGGGCGCCCUGGUGGUGCGGGCUCUGGAGCUGCUCGCCGAGCGCCGCUUCUGGGCGGGCGUCGUCUUCCUGGGGCCCGAGGACCCGGGGGACCCCGCGCCGCUCCCAGGCCCCGGCCACGUGCGCAUCAAGAUCCGCAUGGACAUCGACGACGUCAUGAAAACCAAUAAGAUCAGAGACAGGUUUUGGGACCCCGGCCCGGCCGCUGAUCCCCUAACGGACCUGCGCUACGUGUGGGGCGGCUUCGUGUACCUGCAGGACCUGCUGGAGCGCGCGGCCGUGCGCGUGCUCAGCGGCGCCGCGCCCCGCGCCGGCCUCUACGUGCAGCAGAUGCCCUACCCGUGCUACGUGGACGACGCGUUCCUGCGCGUGCUGAGCCGGUCGCUGCCGCUCUUCCUCACGCUGGCCUGGAUCUACUCGGUGGCGCUGACGGUGAAGGCCGUGGUGCGCGAGAAGGAGACGCGGCUGCGCUACACGAUGCGCGCCAUGGGGCUUGGCGGCGCCGUGCUGUGGCUCAGCUGGUUCCUCAGCUGCCUCGGGCCCUUCCUCUUCAGCACCGCGCUGCUCGUGCUGGUGCUCAAGCUCGGGGAUAUCCUCCCCUACAGCAACCCGGCCGUGGUCUUCCUGUUCUUGGCGGCCUUCGCCGUGGCCACGGUGGUCCAGAGCUUCUUGCUGAGCGCCUUCUUCUCCCGCGCCAACCUGGCGGCCGCCUGUGGGGGCCUCGCCUACUUCGUGCUUUAUCUGCCCUAUGUGCUGUGCGUGGCCUGGCGGGACCAGCUGCCCGUGGGUGGCCGGGUGGCCGCGAGCCUUCUGUCGCCCGUGGCCUUCGGCUUCGGCUGCGAGGGCCUGGCGCUGCUGGAGGAGCGGGGCGAGGGCGCGCAGUGGCACAACAUGGGCACCGGGCCUACGGCCGACGUCUUCAGCCUGGCCCAAGUGUCAGGGCUUCUGCUGCUCGAUGCCGUGCUCUACGGCCUCGCCACUUGGUACCUGGAGGCCGUGUGCCCAGGCCAGUACGGGAUCCCCGAACCGUGGAACUUUCCCUUUCGGAGGAGAUACUGGUUCGGACCUCGGCCCCCCAAGGGUCUCGCCCCGCCCCCCGCCCUGCAAGACCCGGAGGUGCUGGUGGAAGAGGCGCCGCCCGGCCUGAUGCCGGGGGUCUCCAUUCGGGGCUUGGAAAAGCGCUUUCCUGGCAACCCGCAGCCCGCGCUGCGCGGGCUCAGCCUGGACUUCUACCAGGGCCACAUCACCGCCUUCCUGGGCCCCAACGGGGCCGGCAAGACCACUACGCUGUCCAUCCUGAGUGGCCUCUUUCCGCCCACUCGUGGCUCCGCCUGUGUCCUGGGCCAUGACGUCCGGUCCGGCAUGGCAGCCAUCCGGCCCCACCUGGGCGUCUGCCCGCAGUACAACGUGCUGUUCGACAUGCUGACCGUGGACGAGCACGUCUGGUUCUAUGGGCGGUUGAAGGGUCUGAGUGCAGCUGCCGUGGGCCCCGAGCAGGACCGUCUGGUGCAGGACACGGGUCUCGUCCCCAAGCGGCGAGCGCAGACGCGCCACCUCUCCGGUGGGAUGCAACGGAAGCUUUCAGUGGCCAUCGCCUUUGUGGGUGGCUCCACGGUGGUCAUCUUGGACGAGCCCACAGCUGGUGUGGACCCUGCUUCUCGCCGUGGUAUUUGGGAGCUGCUGCUCAAAUACCGCGAAGGUCGCACACUGGUCCUCUCCACCCAUCACCUGGACGAGGCGGAGCUCCUGGGAGACCGCGUGGCGGUGGUGGCGGGCGGCCGCCUGUGCUGCUGUGGCUCCCUGCUCUUCCUGCGUCGCCACCUGGGCUCCAGCUACCACCUGACACUGGUGAAAGGUCCCCCACCCCUGGCCACCAGCAAGAAGGGUGACGCUGACAUGGAGGACAGCGUGGAUGCCAGGCAGGAAAAGGAGCCGGGCAGCCCGCCUCCCACUGUCCCCCCGGGUGCGCCCCGGCUGCUGGCCCUGGUGCAGCGCUGGGCGCCUGGGGCGCGGCUGGUCCAGGAGCUGCCGCAUGAGCUGGUGCUCGCGCUGCCCUCCGAGGGCGCCCUGGACGGCAGCUUCGCCGAGCUCUUCCGCGAGCUGGACCGGCGGCUGGGGGAGCUGGGGCUGGCCGGCUACGGCAUCUCCGACACCAGCCUCGAGGAGAUCUUCCUGAAGGUGGUGGAGGACAAUGCUGGGGACACAGACCCACAGGAUGGUGGCCGCAGGCCGCCCCCGUGCACCGGCACUGCUUACCUGGACACGGCCACGCGGCUCAAGAUCCAGCCGGAGGAGUCAGCCCUGGAGAAUGGGGCGCCGGCCGGGUCAGCCCCGGAGACACAGGCCCUGCGGGGCUCCAGGCCGGACGCCGCAGGCCAUGUGCAGGGCUGGGCGCUGACCCGCCAACAGCUCCGGGCCCUGCUUCUCAAGCACUUUCUGCUGGCCCGCCGCAGCCGCUGUGGCCUGUUCGCCCAGAUGGUGCUGCCGGCCCUCUUUGUGGGUCUGGCGCUGGCGUUCAGCCUCAUCGUGCCGCCGUUCGGACACUACCCGGCUCUGCGGCUCAGCCCCAGCAUGUACGGCGCCCAGGUGUCCUUCUUCAGCGAGGACGCCCCAGGGGACCCCGAGCGUGCGCGCCUGCUCGAGGCGCUGCUGGAGGAGGCGGGACUACAGGACCCGUCCCCGAAGAACAGCUCCAGCGGGACGCCCGCGUGCGUGCCGCCUGCCGCCUGCCACUUCUCGGUGCCCGAGGUUCCCGCCGACGUGGCCGCGGUCUUGCCCCCGGCGGCCGGCGGCCCCCCGCCGCCCCAGGCCCUGAGCGGCUCGGGCGAGAUGGUGCAGAACCUCACGGGCCGGAACCUGUCCGACUUCCUGGUCAAGACCUACCCGCGCCUCGUGCGCCAGGGCCUGAAGACCAAGAAGUGGGUGAACGAGGUCAGGUACGGGGGCUUCUCCCUGGGGGGCCGCGACCCGGGCCUGCCCUCGGGCCGUGAGGUGGGCCGCUCACUGGAGGAGCUGCGGGCGCUGCUGAGCCCCCAGCCCGGUGGGGCCCUCGACCACGUCCUGAACAACCUCACAGCCUGGGCUCACGGCCUGGAUGCCCGGGACAGCCUCAAGAUCUGGUUCAACAACAAGGGCUGGCACGCCAUGGUGGCCUUUGUCAACCGAGCCAACAACGCACUCCUACGUGCCCACCUGCCCCCGGGCCCCGCCCGCAGCGCCCACAGCAUCACCACACUCAACCACCCCCUGAACCUCACCAAGGAGCAGCUGUCCAAGGCCGUGCUGAUGGCUUCCUCGGUGGACGUGCUCGUCUCCAUCUGCGUGGUGUUCGCCAUGUCCUUCAUCCCGGCCAGCUUCACACUCAUCCUCAUCGAGGAGCGCGUCACGGGAGCCAAGCACCUGCAGUUCAUGGGGGGCCUGCCUCCCACCCUCUACUGGCUCAGCAACUUUCUCUGGGACAUGUGUAACUACUUGGUGGCAGCAUGCAUCGUGGUGCUCAUCUUUCUGGCCUUCCAGCAGAGGGCGUACGUGGCCCCUGCCAACCUGCCCGCUCUCCUGCUGUUGCUAUUAUUGUAUGGCUGGUCCAUCACGCCGCUCAUGUACCCGGCCUCCUUCUUCUUCUCCGUGCCCAGCACGGCCUAUGUGGUGCUCACCUGCAUCAAUCUCUUCAUCGGCAUCAAUGGCAGCAUGGCCACCUUUGUGCUGGAGCUCUUCUCCGAUCAGAAGCUGCAGGAGGUGAGCCAGAUCCUGAAGCGGGUCUUCCUGAUCUUCCCCCACUUCUGCCUGGGCCGGGGGCUCAUUGACAUGGUGCGGAACCAGGCCGUGGCUGACGCCUUUGAGCGCUUGGGAGAUGGGCACUUCCAGUCACCCCUGCGCUGGGAGGUGGUCGGCAAGAACCUCUUGGCCAUGGUGGUGCAGGGGCCCCUCUUCCUCCUCUUCACGCUCCUGCUGCAGCACCGUCACCGCCUCCUGCCACGACCCAAGCUGAGGCCGCUGCCACCCCUGCGGGAGGAGGAUGAGGACGUGGCCCAUGAGCGGGAACGGGUGGUCCGAGGGGCCACCCAAGGGGACGUGUUGGUGCUGUGGAACCUGACAAAGGUGUACCAGGGGCAGAGGACACCAGCUGUCGACCGCCUGUGCCUGGGGAUCCCGCCUGGUGAGUGUUUCGGGCUGCUGGGCGUGAACGGCGCGGGGAAAACCUCCACCUUUCGCAUGGUCACCGGGGAAACGCUGCCCAGCGGGGGCGAGGCGGUGCUGGCAGGCCACAGCGUGGCCCGCGAACCAGCCGCCGCGCACCGCCGCAUGGGCUACUGCCCCCAGUCUGACGCCGUCUUCGAGCUGCUGACCGGCCGCGAGCACCUGGAGCUGUUCGCGCGCCUGCGCGGUGUCCCCGAGGCUCAGGUUGCCCAGACCGCGAGCCUGGGCCUGGCGCGCCUGGGGCUGCCGCAGUACGCGGACCGGCCUGCGGGCACCUACAGCGGCGGCAACAAGCGGAAGCUGGCCACAGCGGUGGCGCUGGUGGGCGACCCGCCCGUGGUCUUCCUGGACGAGCCGACCACCGGCAUGGACCCCAGCACGCGGCGCUUCCUCUGGAACAGCAUCCUGGCUGUGGUGCGGGAGGGCCGCUCCGUGGUGCUCACCUCGCACAGCAUGGAGGAGUGCGAGGCGCUCUGCACGCGCCUGGCCAUCAUGGUGAACGGGCGGUUCCGCUGCCUGGGCAGCGCGCAGCACCUCAAGGGCAGAUUCGGGGCCGGCCACACGCUGACCCUACGGGUGCCCGCGGCGCGGUCCGAGCCGGCAGUGGCCUUCGUGGCGGCGGCGUUCCCGGGGGCCGAGCUGCGCGAGGCGCAUGGCGGGCGCCUUCGCUUCCAGCUGCCGCCGGGAGGGCGCUGCGCCCUGUGGCGCGUCUUUGGCGAGCUGGCGGCGCACGGCGCGGAGCAGGGCGUGGAGGACUUCUCUGUGAGCCAGACCACGCUGGAGGAGGUAUUCCUGUACUUCUCCAAGGACCAGGGGAAGGAGGAGGACGAGGAGGAGAAGCAGGAGGCAGGAGAGGGGGCGGACCCUGUGCCGGGCCCGCAGCGGCCCAAACUCAUCACCCGAUUCCUCGACGACCCCAGCACGGCCGGGACAGUGCUCUGAGCCUACCUUCUACGUGGGGCUGGUGGGAGGCCCUGAGAGCGACACAGGCC